AUGAGACUCCUCUCGCUUACUGCGCUGCUUCUCAGCGCCGGUACCCUCUCCGUUGGUGUUGCCGUGGGUGGACUCAUUCCCGGUGCGAAGGUCAUCCCGGCAUCUGAUACGGCGGGAUUACAGGCCAUUGGGGCCCAGAAUAGCAAGUAUUCGGACAGACAGACGGUGACGAUUCGGGCGUCGAAGAACGCGGCCGAUGAUAUCUCCGCGGACUUCUUGUGGGGAUUGCAGCGGGCUAACCAUGGAGGACGGUUGUUGUUGAAGGAGGGAGAAAAGUAUGUUAUUGGGAAGAAGCUGGAUUUGACGUUUUUGGAUGAUAUUGAGGUGCAGUUGGAGGGGGAGAUUCAGUUUACCAAUAACAUCACCUACUGGCAAGCCAACAACUUCUACUACAGCUUCCAGAAGUCUAUAACCUUUUGGCGCUGGGGUGGCCAGGAUAUUAAAAUCUUUGGCAGUGGGGUGCUGAAUGGGAAUGGGCAGAAGUGGUAUGAUGAAUUUGCGGGCAUGCAGAUCUUGGACCCCGAUAAUACAUUCUACCGGCCAAUUCUCUUCCUUACUGACAAUGCCACCCGCGUGUCGGUCGAGGGCAUCACGCAGUUGAACUCGCCCUGCUGGACGAAUUUCUUUGUCCGCACUAAUGAUAUCUCGUUUGAUAAUGUGUACAUUCAUGCAUUUUCAACUAAUGCGUCGUCUGAUCCGGCCAACACGGAUGGAUUCGAUUCGCUUGUGGUGGACAACUUUAGCGCUACUAACAUGCGCAUCGACGUGGGUGAUGACUGCUUCUCUCCCAAGUCGAACACGAGCAACAUAUUCGUGCAGAACAUGUGGUGCAACAACACACACGGUGUGAGUAUGGGCAGCAUUGGCCAAUAUUCAGGAGAGAUGGACUUUAUCGAGAAUGUGUAUAUUGAAAAUGUGACGCUGUUGAAUGGACAGAAUGGCGCGCGCCUCAAGGCCUGGGCUGGUCCUGAUGUGGGCUACGGCCGCAUGAACAAUAUAACCUACAAGAAUAUCCAGAUCCAGAAUACCGAUGCACCGAUUGUGCUGGACCAGUGCUACUUUGAUGUGAAUUCCACUGAGUGUGCCGAGUAUCCGUCGGCUGUGAACAUCACCAAUGUGCUAUUUGAGAAUGUGUGGGGAACAUCAUCAGGGAAAGAUGGCAAGGUGGUUGCAGAUUUGGUGUGCUCACCAGAUGCUGUGUGCACCAACAUCACCUUGACGAAUGUUAACCUGACGAGUCCGUCGGGUAGUGCGGAGAUUAUCUGCAAUGAUAUUGAGGGGGGGAUUGGGGUGGACUGUGUGUCUGAUUCGUCUGCUACGAAGCGGUCGCUGUACUAUUGA